AUGGACCAAUGUAAUAGAUCAAAGACGUUCAUUGAUACGAAUAGUGAAAAUAACACUCGUGAUGUUCGAAUUGCUGAUUGUAGAGGACAUAUUAAACAAUUAGAAGCAGAAAAUGCAGCAUUACAAUCAGAAAAUGUAGAAUUACGAGAGUGGCUUUGUAAUCUACAGGAAAAAUGUGAUAAACAAGAACAAACUAUCAGCGAUUUGACAGCAGUUAUUUCAAAACUGCAAAUUUUGGUCGAUAGUAAGCAUGAUACUCUAUAUUUUCUUUUCUUCAACAAUAACGGCUCACACUACGAUCAAGAUGCAGGAGGUGAAACUCGUAUUGUACAUUUUGUUCCGGGUGGUGAUACUCCAUUUGGUAUUCAUUUAGCAUUGGCUCCUGAACGUGUUACAUUGAAUUCUAUUAAAACUCGUAUAUUAGGUCAAGAGUUACGUUUGAAAAAUCUUGACUAUUUUGUUAAACGUCGAUCAGAAAAUGAAAUUUGGUCAGAAACACCAUUCUAUUAUGAAAAACUUGAAAGUUCAAAUGAUGUUCUGCCUAAUAUUGAUGGUACUAUUGUUAUUAAAUUACUUGAAAAUUAA